CAGUUGGCUGGCUCGGGGCUGACAGUAAAGACGCGCUGGGAAACGGUGUUUUGAUUGCAAUCGAAAGGCGGCAAGUCGGCGCAAGGAACGGCAAUCGCAAAAUCGCAUCAUUUGCUGUUGAGCAUCGCAAUCGUUUGGGUGUCGUUUAGAAUGUUUUUUUUGCUUGGUAGAUUUGGUCGUGAGUUUCGCGUACGUUCUGCUGCCCGCCUCGUUGCCAAUUAAAUGAGCGCUCAUCAAAACAUUAACUGCUUAUUAAGAUUUUGUGAAACUUUGACGUAUUAGCCACAUUAGCCAGCCAGAGGCCCAGAGGCCACGACUUUGACUGAGACGCUAACUAUUGGUUUGGCUGCGUGCUUCUCAUACUACAAGUGCGCGCGUACGUAAAAUGAGAAAUGUGUUGACCCAAAAGCGUGCUUAACUGGGUCAGAAGCGGCAGCAGCAGCAGUGCAAAAAACAGUUUUAUGCAACGCAUUUGAACUUGAAGCAAAUCAAACUUCCACAUAAGAGCAAACAAAUUAAGAAUAGAACAAGUGCAAUUGAAGCGUCUAUUGUUGCAACUAAUCAAAGUGCUUAUACAAACAAAAGGCAGUUACACACACACACACACACACACACUUGAGCGCAAGUUCCAAUGACAACGUUGUCCACAGUCAAGGCCCUUCGUCGAUUAGCAACAUGAAAGGAAUUUGCGGCGAUGCCAAGCAGCAGCUGAACCAGUGCAUGCUGCUGGGCGAUACUGUCUCGGUCUCGGGCAAUGAGGCAUCGCCCGCUCAUGGGACGCGCAGUACGUUUCGUGCUCGCCAGGUGCACAGCAUGGCCAUACGCAACACUAGCUCCUAUGACACAAUGGAUCGACCCUUUCGGCCGGACAGUCUGCGCGGGCGUUGGGCCAAGUCGGCGGACUUUUAUUUUGCCAGCUCGAGUUACGCUUUCAACAGCAUGGUCUUCUCGGAUGUGGCUGUCUGGGGACUUCUGUAUGGCGGUUGGAGUAAGUACACUUGCCCGUUUUGUCUUUUUUUUAGCGCUGUCAUAGGUUCCGUGAGGGAUGGUGCCAGCCAGUGGACAAUCUCCAUGCCAAUGCUCUUGGCGAUUGCCUGCAUUUGGCUAAUAGUGCUGGCGCUGCUGCUCACCAAAAUCUCGAUUAUUGGCAAAGCUUUGCGCUGCGCGUGCGUACUGAUGUUUGGGUGCUUUGUGGCUGUGUUUGUCUACCUGGUUAUACACGAGGAUGUGGGGCUGGAAAGUCUGCUUGACUAUUUGCACCCUGUGAUUGACGACAGCUGGACGGCCAUACGCUCCUCCAUAGGCAUAGCUAUACUGCAGGCCAAUAUGGUGCUGGGACCAGGUUGGGGCAGCAUUUUAACGCUAGGCAGCUACAAUAGCUUUCGCAGCGAUGCCGAGCGCCAAACCUAUUGGGUGGCCAUCAGCCAUGUGCUAAUUAACGUCAUGGGCACUGUUUGCGGCCAUGUGGUCAACGAUCAUUUUGAGCUUCACGUGGGCAUGUUUCAUGUGGAGAAGAAGCAUUCUAUGCAAUUCCUUUAUACGGCUUAUGGUUAUCUAUUUGGCAGUUUUAGCACGCUGCCCAGACUUUGGUGCUUUCUAUUCUUUUCUGUGAUCUUUCUGGCUGAAGUAUGUGCUUUGGUUAUACAACUGCUAAGCGUGCUGACAGCGCUCUUCGAUGAGUUCGAGCAACUGCGUCCGCGCAAGCGUCCCACAACCAUUCUGCUUGUGCUCUGUCUGAUGCUCUCGUCUAUAUACUUCUGCACGCAGAUGGGCUUCGCCCAAGUAAGUGCCUUAUGCUAUGUAACUCUUUUUACGCACAUUGUCAUAUCGCUGCUGUUGAUCGUAAUGACAACUUGGAUUUAUGGACGUGUGCGAUUUCAAUGCGACUUGCAGUUCAUGCUGGGCAAAACGAUCUCAAGCCUUAAGAUAUUUAUCAUACGCUUCAUAGCGCCAUUGUUCGCGGUGCUUUGUCUGGCUCAGAUAACUUAUUUGCUGUUGAUCAAUGGUGGCAAGGAUACACACAUUUGGGUCAGCCAGAGUCUGAUCUAUGUAUUGGUCUCGGGCUAUAUGAUCUAUAAGUUGUGCCAAACAUCGGGCAAAUGGCGUCAGCGCAUGCGUCAAUGCUUUGCGCCACACGAUUGGCAUCCUGUGAAUGCUGAUAACAGACGAUUCUAUGAGGAGAUAAUGGGCACGUCGGAAAUGCUUGUUAUUGACAAUGGCCAUCCUGCCUGAUGGCUGCUGCGCCAGUUGCAUAGUUUUUAGUGCCUCAACUACUACUAGAGAAUUACAAAUUUUUUAUAUUAUGCUGUCGUGAAGGCGCCUGCAAUUGUCAAGGACCUCAGCUCUGUUCGUACUGAACUCAUUACAAUGUGCAUAUAAAUGCUAUAGUAGCUUUAGUUAUACAAAGCGUUCAUAUGAGAGCUUCUUAUACAAACAUUGUGAGCGUUUAUUUUAAAAACAACAUGUACUGAUAUUUUCCAAAAUAUAGAAUUAGUGUACAAUAACGGUGAUAUUUGUAGUACAUAUACUCAAAGCAAGGGAAUAAACAA